CUUCUUUAAACUCCGGCCAACAGCAUCGGCAUAUCUUUGGAGCUUUUUUAUAAUAAUAUGACAAGUCUUUGAUAUCUCUUACUGUAGCGAGAUCACUCGUUACAGUCACUUUGCAAGAGUAGUUGUGGCGUGAAUUGGUAAAUCUCAAUCAUCGGAACCGUCACAGCCAGAUUACGAUGUAAGUAGGCUGAAUAAGUCCGCUUGCACCAUACAUAAUAUCACAAUCACCUGAAGAUACCGGGUUGGAAUUGGAUGAGAGAAGAAGUGAUGGAUAUAUAAAGUGCCCUUUUUUUUUAACUUGCACAUCCCUCACAACCGUCAAAAACUCUUUGCAAGACUUUCAAGACUUUCAAGAAUUAGCGAAUCACUUUUCUAUCAAGAUGCGUAUUCAAAUUUUGUCAUUCACUUUAAUCUUCUUUGCUAUCUUUAUGCAAUCCUGCAUCAAAGCUACACCCGUUCCCGGUCAAAGUUGCGAUUCCUGCGUUCCAACUUGUAACCCUGCCGGUCAAGGCAAAAAUUGCCGCAGGGAUAUCCUGAAGUCUGUAGGUCACAACACAUUCAUUUAAAGCUGUACAAAUGAAUUGCUGUACGGUUCAAUCUAUGCAAGUGGUGACCAUUGGUUGUAGAUCUCUCUUACGGUCUGAAGAGAAACAAACUUGCGAUGCCUCUGCAAUCUUUAUCUCAAAAUGUGUUAUCCACAAUGAUAUGUAAUCAAU